AUGGAAAGGGUCGCACACUGCCCCAGCACUGCCAGGCUCUCCAGAUGUGACCGUCCCAGUCGGCUCCACUCCUCAUCGGGAAGGACCCGCCUGCGAAUAGUUCAGCCUUGGGGGGGUAAGGACCCACCUGCCAAUAGUUCAGCCUCGGUGAUCGGGAAGGCCCCGCCUGCCAAAAAUUCAGCCUUGGUGAUCGGGAAGCCCCCGCCUGCCAAAAAUUCAGCCUUGGUGAUCGGGAAGCCCCCGCCUGCCAAAAAUUCAGCCUUGGUGAUCGGGAAGCCCCCGCCUGCCAAAAAUUCAGCCUUGGUGAUCGGGAAGCCCCCGCCUGCCAAAAAUUCAGCCUUGGUGAUCGGGAAGCCCCCGCCUGCCAAAAAUUCAGCCUUGGUGAUCGGGAAGCCCCCGCCUGCCAAAAAUUCAGCCUUGGUGAUCGGGAAGCCCCCGCCUGCCAAAAAUUCAGCCUUGGUGAUCGGGAAGCCCCCGCCUGCCAAAAAUUCAGCCUUGGUGAUCGGGAAGCCCCCGCCUGCCAAAAAUUCAGCCUUGGUGAUCGGGAAGCCCCCGCCUGCCAAAAAUUCAGCCUUGGUGAUCGGGAAGCCCCCGCCUGCCAAAAAUUCAGCCUUGGUGAUCGGGAAGCCCCCGCCUGCCAAAAAUUCAGCCUUGGUGAUCGGGAAGCCCCCGCCUGCCAAAAAUUCAGCCUUGGUGAUCGGGAAGCCCCCGCCUGCCAAAAAUUCAGCCUUGGUGAUCGGGAAGCCCCCGCCUGCCAAAAAUUCAGCCUUGGUGAUCGGGAAGCCCCCGCCUGCCAAAAAUUCAGCCUUGGUGAUCGGGAAGCCCCCGCCUGCCAAAAAUUCAGCCUUGGUGAUCGGGAAGCCCCCGCCUGCCAAAAAUUCAGCCUUGGUGAUCGGGAAGCCCCCGCCUGCCAAAAAUUCAGCCUUGGUGAUCGGGAAGCCCCCGCCUGCCAAAAAUUCAGCCUUGGUGAUCGGGAAGCCCCCGCCUGCCAAAAAUUCAGCCUUGGUGAUCGGGAAGCCCCCGCCUGCCAAAAAUUCAGCCUUGGUGAUCGGGAAGCCCCCGCCUGCCAAAAAUUCAGCCUUGGUGAUCGGGAAGCCCCCGCCUGCCAAAAAUUCAGCCUUGGUGAUCGGGAAGGCCCCACCUGUCAAUAAUUCAGUCUCGGUGAUCGGGAAGGCCCCACCUGUCAAUAAUUCAGUCUCGGUAUUCAUGCCAUUCUUGGUGUCCCUACUGAGACCACCCACCUGGCUGCUGGGGGUUAGUUUUGACAAUACCUGCCCAUUAUCUGAAGGAAACCACACACUCAUAUCACAAAGGCCACCAAGCAGGCCAGAAGGGGGAUGA